AUGACGCCAGGAAACAAUCAAGGCUACAUCAUGCAGAGAGUUGUUGCCCUGCAUGAUGUUUGUGACCAGCUGUAUAGUGUGGAUCAUGGAGGAGAGAUCUGGAUUACAGAAGGACCACGAAAAUAUGCUUGUUUUCUCUCACUGGAUCCAAACACAGCAAACACUGAACUCAUUCUGUCUGAGGACAACAGAAUGGUGACGAGCGUGUUUGACGACCAGCCGUAUCCUGAUCAUCCAGAGAGAUUUGAUCAUGUGUGUCAGCUGUUGUGUAGAGAGAGUGUGUGUGGACGCUGUUACUGGGAAGUUGAGUGGAGAGGAGAUGUGGAUAUAUCAGUGUCAUAUAAGAGCAUCAGCAGGAAGGGAGAGAGUGAUAAGUGUUGGUUUGGCUAUAAUGAUCAGUCCUGGAGUUUGUUUUGCUCUCCCUCCAGGUGCUCAUUCAUACACAAGAUAGAGACCAAUCUCCCUGUAAAGUCCAUCAGUCAUAGAGUAGGAGUGUAUGUGGAUGAGAAUGCAGGAACUCUGUCCUUCUACAGCAUCUCCAGAAACACAAUGAGUCUCAUCCACACAGUCCAGACCACAUUCACUCAGACGCUCUAUCCUGGGUUCGGGUUUUCUACUGAAUCAUCAGUGAAACUGUGCUGAUAAAUAAGAGCAGACAAGAGGCUUUAUGUAGCGAUUGUUCCUCUGUAUUGUGACCGGCGAGUGGAUCCUUAAAAAGUAUUCAAAUGUUAGAAAUUGUUAAAUGUUGACAGGACUCUUAUUUCAUUCUACAAACAAGAAAGUGAAAAGAACCAGUGGGCUGCUCCAUUCUGCAGUCAUAUUCUGCUUUUAUGUGACGCUAAUAUACAAUUUAGAUCUCUAACACAUAUAGGAUAAAGAUAGCAGAUGAAAUCCACACUGACUCAUCAUUGGCCAAAAAAAGAUGCCUUCAGUGAUCCUGGCCAUUUAACAACAGUUUGGGAAAAUAAUCUUGGGUCACAGAAGACUUGAGUGUUUAGUGAAUAGAAAGUCCUUCCAAUUCACAAAAGCAUCACUCAUCCACUGCUGUAAUUUUAUCCUGAUAUGUGUCCCAUCAGUGCAGUCUAGUACAUUAGGAAAACCAGCAAUGAAAUGGAUUUUUUUGUCUGUUUGUAUUUUGUGGGUUUAUGAUUGCCAUGAAUAUGUCGUUCAUGUGUUGGCAGGGCAAGUUACACCCUGCGUAUCACCCUACAUAUAGUUGAUUUGUAAUUAAAUACCAAAGUUUUGUAUUGGUCCACGACAAAUUAAUGUAAAGUGAGGGAAUAGAUCAUAAAGCAAAGAGGCCACAGAUUUAGCCCUCUGUGACAGAGGCAAUACGUGCAUAACUUUCAAUGUCAGCAAAAAACAAGCCGUUCCAAGUUGCAGACAAAAAACCCAGUAUAAGUGAAUGGAAUGACCAAUGGACAGAAGUACUAAUCCCAUAUUUGAUUUCCAUCAAGUUAUUCAC